AUGCGAGGAACUAGAACACCACAAGGCAACCAGCAUUCAGGAACUCCCACGAAUAACUCAUCUCUCCUCUCAUCCUCCCCAGGAAAUCGCAAUGAAUUCCCGUUUCCUCCACCUGCCCUACCCCCACGGCCUAAUCAAGCAGCACAACCAAUAGCACUAGCUUCAUUUUUUGGACGAUCAACAGCAUUCUCUACUGCUACCUCUCCCGUCCUAGAAGUCAAUGAGCCCAUUGAACAGCCCAUUUCCUAUUGGGACAAGCCAGCUGGAUUUGUCAAGACCAAAUUCCCACUGUUGGCUUUAGCUGCUAGUCCUGAUAAGCAGUACGCUGCGGUUGUUGGAACUGAUGCGAUUAAUGUGCUCCAAGUCUUUACGACCGAGAAGGGCGUUGAGACUAAACAGUAUCCGAAUCUUAUGUCGGGAACAAGGAAUUUGGAUUAUCAGUUUAGUGACGUGUCUUGGGCACCACGAUCUGCUGGAAAUCGAAUUGCUACUGCAUCACUUAAUGGAGCUGUGAUUUUGUGGGACGUGGAAAAGAAGUGCAGAGAACGUAUAAUUCGAGAACAAGAUCGCCCAGUCACAAUCUCUUUCCACACAACAGAGCCUCUUCUCGCAUCAGCAUGUCGAGACGGCAUGGUUCGAAUAUGGGAUGUCCGAGAUAACAAGACAGCAGCGUUCAUAUUUGAUGGCAAAUGUGGUGAUGCGUUUGCAGCUCGUCUGAAUCCCGUGAAUCGAGAUUAUUUGGUUGCUGGAUAUGAGAAUUCCGUCGUGAAGUGGGAUUUGAGGUAUCCUGCACAUUGGAUUUCAAUGAUUUCUGCGCCACAUUCUGGGAUGGUGCAGACAUGUGAGUGGCAUGCUGAUGGGCAUCGUGUCGCUACUGCUGGAAAGGAUAAGACUAUUAAGAUUUGGUCUGAAGAACUAAACAAAAAGUCACUUAAACACAUUAUACAUACCCUCACAGGCGUAUCACGUAUACGCUGGCGGCCACAUAGUGAAACACAAUUAGCAGCCUGUUUCCUCCAAAACACUCGCAUCUUUCUUCUGGAUGCACUACAACCACACGUCCCAUCUACCGUAUUCGACGUCCACAAAGACGUGGCAACCUCCUUCUUAUGGUAUGAUUCAGACACGAUAUGGAGCUGCUCUCGAGACAAGACGUUUGCAUGGCAGGAUGUACGGGCAUCAUAUCGACCACGUGAAUUGUUGUCGACUAGUGCUAUGGGAUGGGGUUUGAGAGGUGAACUUACGUUUGCUGUUGAGUCGAGGGGUGUUAGAAGUGUUUGGUGUGGGCCUGAGGACUAUCUUCGGAGGCAGCGCGGUAAUAGAAGGCCAGCUAGUGGUGCUACGGAUAAUAGUCCAGAUGAGCACUUUACGCUUAGACAAAAGGCAGGGGUGUUUAAUACUGGUAGCUUUGAAGCCCCAACAUUCACAUCUCUUGCUAAAAAGUAUAUGUUGGACUCUACGAACAUAUGGGAGUCAUGUGAACAUAAUGCUCAAGCUGCUGCAAGUGAAGAACAGUAUAAAGCAGCUCAGACUUGGAAGAUUGUGCAGCUUUUAUAUGGCACUAAGUCUAUUGCUCCUCGAAGUAUGGCAGCUAUGCUUGCUUCGAAGCCUGCAGCCCAUUCUGUCUCUCCAGGUCCAUACGAUCAACCAGACCGAUAUUCUCCUCAGCCAUUACUAGAACCUGACCCUUGGUUACGACAAGCAGCAUUGCAACCUCGUCCUACAAUAUUGGAUGCAAUCUUGGACUCUGAUUCCGAAAUUGGUAGUGAUGAUUCUCCUGCUUCUUCACCUCGUCAUAGUGCCACUGCGAAUGCUACUGAUUCGAGACCAUCCGAGUUCAAGACUGCGGGUGAUGAUUUUGUUUUGCCUGGAUGGGAUCCGUAUAAUGUCAUGUAUGAUGUUUUGGAGUAUUAUGCUGCACAGGGUAACGUGCAAAUGUGUGUUUCACUGCUACACGUCUUGGCACCCAAGAUUGAAGUAUCCGCAGAAUCAGCAGAACUAUGGACAUGGUCGUAUCUGGACUUGUUGAGAAGGCUCCAGUUAUGGUCUGUAGCAGCAGAUGUCAUCUCGUCAACACGAAUACCGACCAUUAAAGAGAUUCAUAAAGGAGUGACGCCGAUAUAUACUGGUUGUGGUGAAUGUCGCAAGGCGAUCGCUAUAGAAGGAGGUCUUGGUUGGAUGUGUAAUGCUUGCAAGAGAGCACAGGGUUCUUGUUCAUUUUGGUAA